GAACAAGUUUUGAUGAUGCAAAAUUCAGACAAUGAACUACGUAAAUUAAUAGAGAUAUUCAAGAAAAAUAAUGAUGAUAGAUCAGAAGCUGAAAAAAGAAUGAUCGAAGGAUAUGUUUUCAAGCAGAAUAAGGCUUAUAGAAGACACAAGGUUAAAGAUAAAGAAAUUUUAUUAUAUGUAAUACCUAAGGCAAUGAGGAAAAGUAUAGUAGUUAGAUUCCACGAUCUCAUGGAACAUUUUUCAGUUGAAAGCACUGUUAGUCAAAUAAAAGAAUUAUAUUGGUUUGCCUCAAUGAAGCGUAACGUAAGAAGACAUAUUUCGAUGUGUUUUGAGUGUUUGCUGAAUAAAGUAACAGGAGGAAAACAGCAGGGAUUUUUGAACCCGAUUGCACCAGGAAAACGUCCAUUCUCUAUCAUUCACGUUCAUCAUUUAGGUCCUUUUGUUAAAACUUGUAGAGGAAAUCAAGAAUUACUCGUAAUAAUAGAUAAUCUAAGCAGAUUUGUCAGAGUUACACCAGUGAGAAGUACUUCUUCUCAAAAUGUGCUGAAAGCUUUACAGAAUUUCAUCAACGAAUUUGAUUACACGAUAGGUUGA